GGUAUAAAAGGUUCCUUUCUUUUUCAUUUUUAUUUUUUCUUUUCUUUCAAUUUUCAGAUAGAUUGGCGGCCAAGAGAGAUGACCUCAAACCAGAGUAUCUCGAUGUCGGUGGUUGUGUUCUUCCUCUUGGCUGUAUUCUCUACUGUUACCGCCACCACCUUCAUUGCAGGGGACGUGCUCCAAUCUCACGGACCCACAGGCCGAAAUCUUUUGCAGGCCAAAAAGAAAUGCGAGAUAAACUUUGAGUCUAUGAACUACACUAUCAUCACGAGCCAGUGCAAGGGACCGCAGUACAAUGCUAACUUCUGCUGCUCGGCUUUAAAGGAAUUCGCAUGCCCGCAUGCAGAGUCUUUGAACGAUCUCAGCAGUGAUUGUGCAUCAACCAUGUUCAGCUACAUAAAUCUCUACGGCAAGUACCCUCCAGGCUUGUUUGCCCAUGAAUGCAAGGAAGGGAAGGAAGGGCUUGUCUGCCCCGCUGAGCCUCCAAACUCUGGUGAUGCCAACCACAUUGGUCAGGGCUUCUCUCAUCACGCACUCGUCCUAUCUGGGUUCUUCAUAGCCUUCCUCUUCGGCUGAACGUUCCGCAAGCUGCAAGCGCCUGCGUGUUGUUUGUAUUCAAACCAAAUGGUUUAGCGGUGACGCUGUAUCCUUCAUUCAUUCCUCCAAAGACCAUUCCCGGUCCGCCCAAGUCUGUAGUAGUAUUAAAUUUUAUGUCAACUCUCGUGUAAUUUAAUGUUUCAAUUAUUUAUGUGACAUAAUGCAUUUCCAGUGUACUUUGAGUUUUUAUGAAGCAAUUUUGUUUAUUAA